CUCAGAUGCAUCAUAUUGGUGGUCCAUGGUUGCUGUAGGAUAUUCUUCCUUGUUCUAAAGUCAUUUGCCUUAUCUCCCCAUCUUUGUGCAAUUGAUCUUUUGCAAUAGGUAGCUGGCAAUUGCUAAAAUCAUGGGUGAAGAAGUCUUGUCCAGAAGUCAUUGCAUUCUAAGAAUCACAGCUGAAAUCUCAGUUUACCAGCUGAAGAAUGGUUGAGAUAGUAACCGAAAUAUUCUAGAAGAAAUUUCUAAACGGAAUAUGGAAGCCGAUACAAAUAUGUACACAUUUUGCUUUACAUAUUUGUUAACUCUGAAAAACUGGGUACCACUGAAAUGCUUAUGUGUGCUCUUUUGGCCAUUGAGAAGGACAUGGGGGAGUGGUUUUGCAUUUGGUGGAUUAACUCCAUUCACACAAACUGUGAAGCAAUCUUUUAGCGCACAUGGUGUCAAAAUGGAAAUGAAUCAGAGUUGAAUUGGGAGGAAAUAGCCUUCCUGGUAUCAGCGCUUCAUAUUGGGUUACAGCACAAGCCCCUCCCAUCUGUCUGGGUUUGUACGAAACCCCUCAGCUGCUGCAUAGAAAGAGCUCACACUAACUAACAUACACACAGAAAAAAAGACAGAAGAUGGCUGACUGUAGUGGGCAUCAGGAACCUUCGUUGGCAUCACCAGCUUCACCCAGACUAUCCCCGCGAAUGACAACUCUUGAGCUUCACCUCUAAAAAAAAAAACAGCUCCAGCCCAUUUCGGGCAGUAUUUAUCGCACACAUUGACAGAAAUAACAGAAAAAAUGGCAGAGAUGGAGAAAGAAGGUAGACCCCCUGAAAAUAAAAGAAGCAGAAAACUCGCUCACCCGGUGAAAAGAGAAAUAAACGACGAAAUGAAGAGUUUUGCAGAGAACACUAUGAACGAGCUCCUUGGCUGGUACGGCUAUGAUAAAGUGGAAUUAAAAGAUGGGGAAGAUAUUGAGAUUAACAAUUACCCUGAUGGUGACAGCCGGCAGCACAUCUCUGUUUUAAAAGAGAACUUGCCAAAGCCGAAACCCUCUGAAGACAGAGGGAGCUCACCUACUAAUGCAAACAGCAGCUAUUCUGGAGUGGCCAUGGGGAACGGAAUGGCAGAGUCCUCUUCAUCUUCCUCCUCGUCAUCAUCGUCCGGGUUAAAGGAUCACGGGAAAGUGCCCAUUAUUGUUCCAUUAAUUCCUCCGUCCCAUAUCAAACCACCAGCAGAGGAUGAUGCGUCAAAUGUUCAGAUUUUGUGCGCCUGGUGCCAGAAAGUGGGAAUCAAGCGCUACUCCUUGAGCAUGGGCAGCGAGAUGAAAAGCUUCUGCAGCGAGAAGUGUUUUGCUGCGUGCCGGAGAGCCUACUUUAAACGCAACAAGGCUAGAGACGAAGAUGGACAUGGUGACAAAUUUCCCCAGCAACACUAUUCUAAGGAAACGCCAAGGCUUGUCUUCAAGAUUAACAACGAUGUACUUGUGUGCGACUGGUGCAAGCAUAUAAGACACACAAAAGAAUACUUGGAUUUCGGAGCCGGGGAGAGGAGGCUUCAGUUUUGCAGCGCCAAAUGUCUCAACCAGUACAAAAUGGACAUUUUCUACAAAGAGACCCAGGCCAACCUCCCAGCUGGCCUCUGCAACCCAGGACACACUCCGACUGAGAGUAAACCUGAGAGCAGCGGCGUGCAGCUCCUGACACCCGAGUCCUGGAACACUUCUCUGGGUGAUCUACGACGGAAGGCUCCAUCUCCUGGGGUUCCAAUGGCCGGGCACAAUCAUGCUCCUGGACCAUCAGGGUCCAUGUCCCCAUCAGAGUCUGCUGCCAUCUGUUCCUCUGCCAAAAUCUCCACACCAGGGCCCAAGCCACACGAGAGCCCAACCCUUCCCCCGCCAGUACCUCUCCCACCCCCGCACAUGGGGGUCCCACCUGGAAGUCCACCCAUAGUGAUGACCAACCGUGGGCCUGUUCCGCUGCCCUUCUUCAUGGAACACCAGGUGAUGCAGCAGAUGCGUCCACCUUUCCUCCGAGCACCCCACACUCCAAGCCCAAACAGUCCCCUCUCCAAUCCCAUCAUUCCUGGGAUCGGCCCACCACCACCUCCUAGGAAUAUGGCUCCAGCCUCGAGUCCCAUGCACAGGUCAAUACUUUCCCCACAUAUACACCCGCCCUCCACCCAGACUAUGCAUGGAAACCCUCCAGGGUUGAUGCCACACCAUUUCGGAGCCCCUAUGCCAGGCUUACCCUUCCCUCCAAUUAACAUGAUGCCAAACGGUCACAUGCCGAUGCCACAGAUGAUGAACUUUGGUGUGCCAUCACUUGCCCCAUUGGUGCCACCUCCGACUCUCCUGGUGCCAUAUCCGGUCAUUGUUCCUCUCCCAGUUCCGAUCCCUAUUCCCAUCCCCAUUCCCUUUAACUUCAAGGCCCCAGGCGGUUCACCUGGCAACAGCGAGAACAUCAUUCCACGCACAUCCUCUGAAGGAGGCGAGUCCAGGGAAACAAGACCUUUCUCUUCUGGCAGCAGCGAUGAUGGAGAGACCAAACAAGGGCCAUCAAAAUCCACUGAACCUUCUCCAGGCUUUAUACCAGGCCACUCCUGUCACCAAUCCACCCUCCCUCAACGGAGCAGGGCUGAGGUGGUUGAUUUUACGGUCAAACCAGAGAGCCCAGUCAAAGCAAUGUUCCCCACUAUGAAUUUAUCUCCUAUGCUGCAAGAUGGUGUCAUAGACCUGACAAUGGGCCGCCGAUCCAGACUACAGCAUGUAAUCCAGAGGGCGCUGCCAGUUGCACAGGUGAAAGUGGAACACGAACCCCAAAGCAUCCUCAAUCUAGCUUUCCUGGGCCAGGAUAAGAGGAACUGCAGAGGGCUGGACAACAACUGCAGAGACAGUUGCAGUCCUGUUAACCCCAUGGCUUUGCCUUGCAGUGAUCCUGUGCACUGCGGGGCCACACCACCACAAACACAGCAGCAGCAGCAGCAGCUCAUUUCUAGCAGUUCAGGGCCGGAGCCCAGCCCUGCAGCCACUUGCAACGUUAUCGUGAACGGCACAAAGACUGCAGAUGUUGCCGGUAAGAGCGGCUCCCUCGAGCAGCGGCCAGAACCCCGAAAGACGCCACAGCACCCGGACGAGCCGGCAGUCAGUGAGCUGGAGUCGGUGAAGGAGAACAACUGCACGGGGGCCGCCAGCUUUCAGCUAGAGCUGGACACAGGUAAGAAGGCUUCGUCAGACGAGGCGCUGGCCGGCGGGGACAAGCAGGACCCCAACCUGAACAACCCCGCCGACGAGGACCAUGCCUAUGCCCUGCGCAUGCUGCCCAAGGCCGGCUGUGUCAUCCAGCCUGUGCCAAAGCCAGCAGAAAAGACUGUCUUAGCGCCUUGCAUCAUUUCCACGCCCCUUCUGAGUGCAGGAACUGAUGACAUUGAGCCGCUGCUAAAGAGGAGGUGUCUGCGAAUUCGAAAUCAAAACAAAUAAAAAGGAGCGGCGCAUGACGGCGCUCCAUAGAAGGAUGAGCACUGAUCCGCCAUGUCUCUUUGCAGACAACACCAGCUCCUCACUCCUCUCCCUCAAACCCGCAGUCGAACUAGUCAAUUUCCUGCUGCAUCGUCUCCGACUGGAUGGGGGUUGGAAUCAAAGACCUCUGGAUUCAAACGACAAACAUAUGGAAGCACUCCCCUUUGAGGAAACCCACGUUUGUGCAGUGAUGCCAACUACACCCACCUCCUGAGUCAGCUGCUGUAACAGCAGCCAUGUCAAACCAACACUGAGGACAUUCCUAUUUCCAUCCCUUUCUCUUCCUGUUCUUGCAUUAUUUUCCCCUUGACCAUCCUCGUUUCCUCUUAGUUUUACACAAACAGAGGUACUUUUUUCCUUCGAUACUUUUGAAGCGCUAAAUUAAAAUUGGCGACUGGGGGGUAAGACUUUUUUUCUAUGUAAGAGCUGUUGUUUAGCUGCUAAACCUUCUGAUCAGCAGUCAUUAUUAACACACACUACAGGUACUGAACUUGUAUUUAAUCAUAUCAAAGUUUAUAGUUAGUUCACAGCCCGUUAGAGGUCAGACAAAACUACCGUGGAUGCACUUUCUUUUUUAACGAAGCUUAUACAUUAUUCUGUUAAAUACUAAAUAGUCUCUUGUCUGUUUAUAAAGACCUUUUUUAUUUCAGUGCCAUAUCUCCAGUGUUACACUUUAAAAAAGAAAAAUGUAAUCCAAUUGAUUUAAGAAGGAGCUUGUACAGUUUGUACUGCAGUUUUUUUUUUUUUGGGGGGGGGGGGGGGGGGGG